GAACAUGAUGCGAUAACUUAAUAGGAGUUAACCGAUAGCGACGUUGCUUAAAGCACUCGUGCCAGACACAGCCACUGCUCGAGGACAUGAAAUACACCGAAUCGUUUCUCCACAUUCAUGCGUUCGAGGUUGUGGUUGACCGCUCGCCAUUUGAAACCAAGCGUUAUCCCGUCACUGACGGCACGACGAAUGAUGACAAGCUUCACGAUCCAGACAGAGCGCGAUGCUCCAGUCACCGUCAACUCUACAGCCGAUCUCUCAAAAGAACAAUUACUGGCAUUCCCAGCUUUUAACAUCUGGUUCUCAACCUUACAGCGCUCUUUGACGAGACAACAGAACGAACAUCAUGAGUUUCACGCGGCGCCCUAUGUGCUACGGAAAGUCGACAUUCAAGCGGUGGAUUAUUUCAAAGGUGGCCGGCUAGGAUUCCUGAAACUCAAAGCCGAAGUCUCCAACGAUCAGGGUGAAACACUUCCAGGCAGUGUGUUCUUGCGAGGCGGCAGUGUCGGUAUGCUGCUCGUCCUCCAACCUGGCGAUAUACCCGAGUCCUCCGAAGAUGGAAAGCGUGUCAUCUUGACCAUUCAGCCCCGUAUACCAGCGGGGUCUCUCGCAUUCUCUGAAAUUCCCGCUGGAAUGCUCGACGACAGUGGUACCUUCGCCGGCGGUGCUGCAAAGGAGAUCGAGGAGGAGACUGGGCUCAAAAUUCCGCAGAAUGAGCUUAUCGACAUGACAUCGCUAGCGCUUGGAUUGCUACCACAGCAGGCAGACGGCGAGGAACUGCAAAAGGGCAUGUACCCAUCGCCCGGAGGAAGUGAUGAGUUCAUACCGCUUUUUCUAUGCCAGAAACGCAUGCCGCGGAAGGAUAUAGAUGGGUUGCAGGGUCGCCUGACUGGCUUGAGGUCACAUGGAGAAAAGAUCACCCUGAAAGUUGUUCCCCUGGAGCAGCUGUGGAAGGAGUGCGUAAGGGAUGGCAAGAGUUUAGCUGCUUGGGCCCUCUAUAAUGGUUUGAAGCGGGAAGGACGCUUGUGACGGUCUGAAACACGGCAGGUCCAGAGCAUAUUUUCACACUCAACUCUAUCUCGAUUCGGAGAGGACCCUGUAUCUAUAGCGGGACAAAAACUAUGAAUCCGUGACGAUGCGGACUGCUUGCUCACUGAGCGAUUGAGAAGUGGAGAGUGAGUAAAUUUCCAGGAACGAGAGAUGUAUCAUGA